AAGCUUUUGUUCGUGACAUAUGACUGCACAUGUAAUUACGUAAUGCAACACCCGACAUUGACAAUAAUCAUCAAAUUACCUGAGCACACAAAUACAACAAACUCAUACAUUUAUAUUUUAAAUUAAUGUACAUCAUUCAAGUCAUAUCUCCCCAGUCUGUCACGAUUUCGUUUGUCGCGUAGUUUAAAUUUUUAAGCUCUAAUGCAAAGUAAGUGCGGGUAUUGCUGCGCGUUUUUUACAAAUUAAUUAUUCGUAAAAGUUUUAAAAUUUUAAAUUACAAUAAAAAGUACAGUAUGAAAUUUAAUUAUUAUUUAUUACAAAUUAUGGAAAACUGAUUGGUCGUUUUUAAAAAAAAAAUUUGAAUUUAAAUAAAUUGUCAAUUUAAAUUUACUGCCACAAUAAUUGGUACCAAAUUCUUCAGCUUGUCGGUGUUACUGGGCCUUAUUUCCCAGUAUGUUAGUGCCUUAGUAAUUAGAAAAAUCCUUUUUCUUCAGGUACAUUUACCACUUCAUAGGGUUGAAAUACAAUUACUCCAUAACCUAGCAAGUAAAAUCUCUUGUAUUUUAAUAUUAAAUUUGUGUUUUUUUAACUCGAUAUUCAUAGACAAAAAUAAAAAAAAAUUUCAAAAAUUAAGAAAAUUAAUUGAUAAAAAAAAGUGUUGUCUCAUCAGUAAUUUAAAUUCUAUUAAUCAAAAAUACAAAAAUCCAACCACGUGUUGUACUAAAUAAAAAAAUUAUAAUUUUAAAUUCAUAUCCCAUAAAAAAAUUAUUAUUUUUAAAAAUUUUUAAAACAAACAAAAAAAAUAAAGUCUUAAAUAAAUAAAAAAUAAUUAGGAAUGUGUUUUAAUCCAUCGGAUUGCAGUGUAUAUAUAUUUUUAAUAGUGUGAGGGAGCGGCAUUCGUGUAUAGAUAUUACCCCGGAAGGGGUCAUCGCUGCUAAAAUAGCACGUGCAGUAGUUUCUCAACGAGUCUGCCAGCAAGACUAGUUGUGAACUGGAAGCAACCGUGACUGGGACAAAGUAAAGGCUUUUAUUUAAAACACUAAAAGUAAACCAUCAGACACGUAAACGAAACCAAACGACAAAAGUAAAGCUGAAUAUUUAAAUAAAAUCUCAGCUCACUAUCAAGAUAUUUAUUAAUUACUGCUUAGAUAAAGGGGUUUAAAAUAAAACAAAACACCUGACAGUCGUUAUUUGAAAGUACUGCAGAACAAAAUAAAAUUUAUUGCAACGACAAUAUCAAUCGGUGACAUUUAAAGAUUAUCAACAACAUGGGAAACGAGAAGAGAAUAAUCAAGACCUCAUCGCCAUACCCAUCGCCCAGUGCUAAAAAUCACAGUCGAUCAAUUAUUGACGUUUGCGAGCUGGAUAAUUACAAUUACGACCAAUCCGAUGGUGAUAAUUCAUCGUCUUUACAUUCAAUAUCCUCAAGUAACAUCGAACUAAAAAGUAUCACGCGGUUACUUAUCAGUAACUCGAUCGCAUGGGCGCGUUAUUCUGUUGAUAAUUUAUCAAUUAAGUUGACACUUGGCAAUUUGGGAUUUUUUAUUAUCAUUAUGGUUAUUAUUGUACCGAAAACAUUUACAUAUUUUAUUAUAUAUCCGAUUUUUAGAUUACUAUUUGGUACACUUUAUCCAGCUUAUGCCUCUUACAAAGCUGUGAGGACGAAGAAUGUCAAGGAAUAUGUAAAAUGGAUGAUGUACUGGAUUGUUUUUGCAUUAUUCACCUGCGCUGAAACAUUCACUGAUGUAUUCUUCAGUUUUUGGUUCCCGUUUUAUUAUGAGAUAAAAAUAAUUCUCGUGCUCUGGUUAUUGAGCCCCGCAACCAAGGGCUCGAGUAUUCUAUACCGUCGGUUUGUACAUCCCGCACUGAUACGUCGUGAAGCUGAGAUCGAUGACGCUUUGGCACGUGCCACCGAGCAAGGCUACACUGCGGUACUUCAUCUCGGUACCAAGGGUGUAAAUUAUGCCACCACAGUACUCAUGCAAACGGCAAUUAAAGGUGGCGGUGGAUUAGUGCAGCAGCUAAAAAAAAGCUACAGUCUGAGUGACCUGACAGGCGAGAAAGAAGAUGAAAAUAGAAAUACAUCAAUGAUGCACGACGAGACAGAUAUGAUAGUAGAACCUCGUCGACGAGAAAAUCCUGGCAGAAGAGGAUACAGUCCACGUAGAACACAAUCAAGUUGUAAUCGUGUUGAUAUGUUUUUUUCUGAAGUUGAUGUUGAUGUGAGACAACCGAGGCCUAGAGAACCAAUAAGUAGUAUAAAUAAUAUACGGUCAUCAGACGACAUAUCCAGCGGCUACAGUAGCGGAGAAGCUGUUCAAACACACCGCAUGACGCCACACACGGAAACGCUUUUAAGGACAUCGAGUGUUGGAGCAAGAACGAGGUCUUCAAAGCCUCGAUCUACUGCAAAAAAAUUACCCGAGGAUGAAGAAGACACGUGUGAGUUUGUGGAUCCUCAAUUACCAGCUUUGUCUGUAAUUAGCGCACAACAGAGUCUACAACUUAUGCUGUUUUUGUCGCAAAUGCACAGUAAUGCACCGCUAAAUUAUCCGAGUGUAGAUGAAAUUUUAAAAAACACGGGUCAUUUAUUUUCGUCUAAUUUGCCUGGAUCAAUACUGGUCGCGCCAGAAAACGAUAAUGAUAAUAAUCAAUUAAAUAUUAAUUAUGACAAAUGUGAUUAUAAUGAGACUGAUGAAAAAAUACCAGACCUGAAAAUCGAUUCAGUUGAUUCUGAUGACACAGACGUUAAUUUUAAGUCAAAAGAAUUUACAAAAGAUGACAAAGAAGAAUUUAAAAAAAUAUCUAGUCCAGAUGAUUUUUCACAACCAUCUUGUUCUAAAGAUUCAACAAAAUCAAUUGAUUCCAAUGAAUUUAAAAAAUUAUCCAGUUCAGAAGAAACUGCCCAAUUAUCUAUUAAAGAUAAUUUAACUAAAUUAUCUAGUGAAAAUAAUUUAACAAAAUUAUCUAGUGAAAAUAAUUUAACAAAAUUAUCUAGUGAAGAUAAUUUAACAAAAGAACCAAUUAAAGAUAAUUUAUCAAAACCAUCUGAUUUAAAAGACUGUUCAAAAUCAUCUCAAGAUAAUUUACCAAAAGUAUUUAAUUCCGAAGAAAAUUCAAAAUUAUAUAUUCCAGAUGAUUCAUUAAAAUUAUCUGUCAAAAAUAACUCCAUACAAUCAACAAACACCGAAGAUAAAAAAGUAUCUUUAGAUAAUCUAUCAAAUUCAAAUAGUUUAUUAAAACUAUCUAGUCCUGCAGAGCCAAGAAAAUUAUCUAGUUCACAUGAACAUCUAAAAGUAUCUAGUCCACAUGAAUUAACUCCUUGUUCUACCUCAAAUGUUGACAUCACAAAGAUCACAGACGAAAUAUGUCAAGAAAAAUUUAUCGAGCUCAAAAGACUACUGAACAAUGCCCACGAAGCAGUGACAAGUAUCGUACAUACCUCAGAUAAUUUGUCAUCAAUCCAAGGAGAUCCAACGACCAAUAACUUGGAAGACAAGAGUACUUCAAAAACAAGCCUACUGACAUCGCACUCAUCAGCGAGCGUAUCGCGAAGCAGUUCCGAUUGCGACCGAGCCGGGAAAUAUCACAAAAAACCCGCGCCCAGAGUUCCCUCAGCCUCAAAAUCGGAACUUAACGCAGGUAAUAAUUACCAAGCAGUCGACGAGGACUCAUCAGCGGAAGCAGAGACCGAGCAAGCAUUGAAAGCGACCCUCGUUAUCAAAACUGGUACAGUAAAGACCUUCACCAAUGUCAAUAACACUAAAAAUGUAUUUUUUACUCAUCCUACUACUUCUCAUCGUCAUUCAUCUCCAUCUGUGUCUACUAAAUCAAAUAAAAAGAAAAAAAGUUUGUCGAGAUUUUUAGCGAUACCACGAAAUUUAUUUGGCAAUAAAGAAAAAGAUAAAGAUAAAGGUAAAGAUGAUAGAAGUGGAAUUUAUUCGACGACAUCUGAACCAGGUUCAAGAUCGCGUUCUGUCAGUGUCAGCUCACAAGAGUGUGGAGUUGAUGCUCAAGGAAAUAACAAAGUCGAUGUCAAUGUCCAAGACAUUUUAUUUAAAACCGCCCUCACUGAUCAAAGCCCAACUUCUGACACGUACAUUGAUUUUCGUACUGAUAGUCUUGAUCGGUGUGAUCAAAAUAACAAGUUUUGCAACUUUACCACGAAGUAAAAAACCAACAAAGAAAAAGGUGGCAUGAAACAUAACAGCUGCUGAUCACAUUAAAGAAGAAGACGGAAUAAUAGCAUACAAAUAAGAGCUAAUGCCUUUACUUCGCAUCAACAAUAUAUUUGUAUCCCAUCAUCACGAUCAUAAUCAUUAUUAUAAUCAUAGUCAUUAAUUAAGUACGGCCAUAUUGUCAAUGUGAUUAGCAGCAUCAAUUAAUGAACAAAUUUAAACAAGAGCCAAAACGCUUUAUUUGCGUCUAGCUUUUUAGUCUACUCGAUUCAUUUUUAUACUUAUUUUAUUUUUUUCAAUCAAAUUUACGGAAUAAAAUAUUUUCAAUGAGUGAUUUAACUCCAAGUCGGAAAAAGAAAAGUAAUUAAAUGAAAAGUUUUAAUUGUUAAUUUAUUUAUUAGAUUAAAAAAUUUAAUCAAUUGUUGUUUACAUUUAAUGCGUUAACUAUUUAAUCGUAAUGACUACAAGCUGGAAUUUUUUUUCA